GCUCUGCUUGGAAUCGUCACAGCUCACUUGCAGCAGGAACAUUCACCAGUGCGGCAACGGCACCGCAGUAAAAGGUGGAAGGUGAAUGCGACGUUAUGUGCACGUGCAUCUGCGUCUGCACCUCCCCACUGUAGGUAUUUACUUGCUUCACCACUGACUAUAUUUUCGCGUCGACAAACAUCAUCACCGACUUGUCACAAGAUGGCCGACUCCAACGAAGAGGCGGCGCGCUUUCGCGAACUGGUCCACAGCCUCCCAGUCGAGCUCUUCGACGAGAUCUUCGACUUCUUCAUGCUCGUCGAGGAAGAAGGCGAGGUCAAAAUCGAUCGAGAUUACAGACCGCCGGUCCAGCUACAGGUCGACUGGGCGACUCGCGAAGAGUUUGCCGAGGACUACUACAAGAACACGGUCUUCACUGGCUUGGAACUGGAUAAGGACUACCAAGGCUACAAGAAUAUCAUCUCGAAGGGUUUGGACAUGAAGGAAGCCGAAACCGCUAGAGUCGCAGCCUGGUUGUCGAGCCUCAGUAGGAAGCAUCGAUCUUUUGUGCGAUGCAUCAGUAUUUCCGGCAUUGUUGAGAUCGACUAUCGUUGGAGAGUUAACCGGUUCGGAACGCCGGUGCCUCCGUGGACGGAGGUAUCGGCUCAGAGGUGCUACAACCAAGUGGGGACAUGUAAGGAUAUCUUGAAGAAGGAGGUGAAAGGCGCCUCGCCUCGAUCGAUGCGUUGGCUUCGCGUUCGAGUGUUCGUCAGACGUUUCCAUCAGAAUGGAUCCGUGGAGGCUUGGUGGCGGCAUGCUUGA